UCUCCCCUUGUUUAGGACUGUUGCUAGUAUUGCUCUCUCCUCUUCUUCCUCCAAGCACAUUGCCACCAGGAAGCAAGGCACUGCCCCCCUUUAAAUGCAUCCUUUUCCCCUCCUCCUCGGCUGAUCCAUCCACCAUUUUCCAAAAAGGAGCUCUGCAGUCCCACCUGGAGGAGGAUUUAUUUGGCUUUUUUUUUUCUCUCUCCCUCUCUCAUGUGGAUCUUGGCUGGAAAUCUAUGCUGAAGAGAAAAGAGCGGGAGGGGGUUCCAGACUCGCUAAAACUGAAGGCACAGAGGGGGGAGUGCCAUUGGGAUCCCCCCUCCCUCGCUGAGAGACAUGGCUGCAAACAUGUACAGGGUUGGAGAUUAUGUCUACUUUGAGAAUUCAUCCAGUAACCCUUACUUAGUACGACGGAUAGAAGAGCUUAACAAGACAGCAAAUGGCAACGUGGAAGCCAAAGUUGUGUGUUUCUACAGGAGACGUGACAUCUCCAGCACACUCAUUUCUCUGGCAGAUAAACACGCAAGGGAAAUGGAAGAAGAGAUGGAAAGUCCAGAAAUGAUUGAUUUACCAGAGAAACAGAAGCACCAACUGAGGCAUCGAGAACUGUUUCUUUCACGGCAGCUUGAGUCUUUACCUGCCACGCAUAUAAGAGGCAAAUGCAGUGUAACUCUAUUAAAUGAGACCGAAUCCCUUAAAUCCUACUUGGAACGAGAGGAUUUCUUUUUCUAUUCCUUAGUUUAUGAUCCACAGCAGAAGACUCUCUUGGCAGACAAGGGAGAAAUUCGAGUGGGCAACAGAUACCAAGCCGAUAUAACAGACUUAUUGGAGGAGGGUGCAGAAGAUGGAAGAGACCAAGCAAACCUUGAAACUAAAGUCUGGGAAGCAAGAAAUCCCCUGACUGAAAAACAGAUAGAUCAGUUUUUGGUGGUAGCACGGUCUGUAGGUACAUUUGCCCGAGCGUUGGACUGCAGUAGUUCUGUCAGGCAGCCGAGUCUACACAUGAGCGCAGCCGCUGCCUCUAGAGAUAUCACGCUGUUUCACGCCAUGGACACAUUGCACAAAAACACCUUUGAAAUAUCCAAAGCCAUCUCUGCACUGGUUCCCCAAGGAGGUCCUGUCCUUUGCAGAGAUGAGAUGGAGGAAUGGUCUGCCUCUGAAGCUAACCUUUUUGAGGAAGCCCUAGAAAAAUACGGCAAGGACUUCACCGAUAUACAGCAGGACUUUUUGCCAUGGAAGUCUCUGACCAGUAUAAUAGAAUAUUACUACAUGUGGAAGACAACAGACAGAUAUGUACAACAGAAACGAUUGAAAGCAGCGGAAGCAGAGAGCAAACUAAAACAAGUAUAUAUACCUAACUACAAUAAACCAAACCCAAAUCAGAUCAAUGUCAAUAACGUCAAGCCUGCGGUAGUGAAUGGUGCAGCUGUACAGGCGCAGAACGUGGCUGUAGGAAGGGCAUGUGAAAGCUGCUACACCACACAGUCGUACCAGUGGUAUUCCUGGGGACCUCCAAACAUGCAGUGCCGCCUCUGUGCAUCAUGUUGGGCAUACUGGAAGAAAUAUGGUGGAUUAAAGAUGCCGACGCGACUGGAUGGGGAGAGGCCGGGGCCAAACCGCAAUAACAUGAGUCCACAUGGUGUACCUAUGAGAAAUAGCGGAAGCCCGAAAUUUGCAAUGAAGACGCGGCAGGCCUUUUACCUGCAGACUACAAAGCUGACCAAGAUUGCAAGACGGCUGUGUCGAGAUAUCUUUCAUCCAAGAUAUGCAGCCAGACACCCAUAUAUGCCUAUUAACAGUGCUGCCAUCAAAGCAGAAUGCACAACAAGGCUUCCUGAAGCAUCGAAGACCCCACUUGUAUUAAAACAGGUUGUCCGAAAACCCUUGGAAGAAGUGGUGCGAUAUAUAGAGGCACACCCCUGCCCUCCUAAACCAGACGUAAUCAAAAACAUUUCUACCAGUAUCAACAACAGCUUGACCCCUACCAAAUCCUCUCCUGUUAUUAACAAUGGAUCACCAACCAUCCUGGGUAAACGCAGCUAUGAGCAGCAUAAUGGCAUGGAUGGCAACAUGAAGAAACGCCUGUUGAUGCCUAGCAGGGGUAUUCCUAACCACGGACAAACCAGACAAAUGGGACCAAAUCGAAACUUACUGCUCAAUGGGAAAUCCUACCCAGCAAAGGUUCGGUUAAUCAGAGGUGGUUGCAUGCCACCGGUGAAGAGGAGGAGGAUGAACUGGAUUGAUGCCCCAGAUGAUGUUUUUUACAUGGCUACCGAAGAGACUCGGAAAGUACGCAAGCUCCUCUCAUCUUCUGACUCUAAACGAGCGGCCCGACGCCCUUACAGACACAUUGUCAUCCAACAAGCUCAGGUGGGACAACUCAUGCGCCAGCCGGUCAACGACGAACCCAUUGUCAUUGAGGACUGAGAGGCCAACUUCAGCUCUGAGCUUGCUAUUGGUGGAACUGUUCUUCUUCGGGGAGCCACUCCUUUUACUUGACUUAAUACAGUGUUGACCUUUUCAAGGAGAUAACCAGAACUCACGAAGAUUUGCGUAUCUUUUAAAAAGAAUUUCUGUGCUUUGAAGAAGCAUUGAAAAGGAAAGACUCGUUACCCUUUUUGUUUUAUUUUCCUAUUCAUUCCCGCGUGUACCAGUAGAACUGCGUUUUUCCCCCCUUCCGUUGGGUUAAUGUUCGUACGUUGUGAACCGACGGAAAAAGAAGUUACGUUUAACUUAUUUAAGGGACACGGAGCAGGUUUUGUGCAAUUGCAAAUCAGAUUCUCAGACUUGGUAUACUUGUAACAAGCUGUCACUGCUAAUGCCUUUCUUUUUUUAAGAGGCAUGCUGAAUAUUUUUGGUUUUUUUUUUGAAAGUGCCAUUUUUUCGGGGGGGGGGGGUUUGCUUCAUUGUUUGGUAGGCUGAGUGAAUACGAAACUGUUACACUGUGGAAUAUAAUGAAAGGAAAAGCCAACAGCAGGAGUCCGAUAUUCCCUUUUGCAAGAAAACCAACGCACAUUGUUUCUCUUUAUUCUUGCAUGUGAUGAAAGGGGGUAGAGUCAAUUAUUUUAGCCCAGAAAGACUUUCUUUAGGGGUAAUAGCUUGAGAACUCAAACCCUUUCUACACAAACAUCACAGUGUUUUGAAGCUAAAGGUUCAGUUGGGAACUUAAAUCAGCCAACGGGCUCCCAGUUUCCGGUCAAUGGCUUCGUCCCUGUGUCUUUGUAUCUGAUUGGAAGUAUUUUUCUAUGUGAAUUGAUACAGCGACUUGUAAAUGCCACUUAUUUUCAAAGGUAACUGGACCGGCCAUGAAAUGCAUUGGCUACUGCAUCUCAUGCUUUUUUUUUUUUUCGUGACGCCUCAAUGUCCUGAUAUCAUUUUCUUUAAAGGAGAUGUUUCCGUUAUCGCGCUUUCUUUUUCUCCAAGCAAUUCCAACCAAACUUGAUGCUACAGUGUUUGUUUAUGUCAUAUGAGAGGGUGGAAGGCAUUUAUAACAUACGGAAGGUAUGGUUGUUGAUUCAUGCCGAGGCCGAAACCCUUGUCACUUGAUACAAUACAGAGCUCAGUUGUAACAUUGUUCUUAAAGGUAGGUACACCAGAAACUGAAAAAGUCCAUCUAGACAUGACGUUUCUGUACACUUGGAGAUUUUUCAAGGGUCAAAUUGAAAAAUUGAAUUGAUUUCGAGCUAAUUUUAGUGUACUUUGACUAUUGAAAUGUAUUAUGUACUGUCUCUUUAAAAAUUCAGCUUAGACUAUUCACCAUCUAAAACCUAACGAAUUGCUGUUUUAGCCUAUGGGGGACCUCCUAGAACCCAUUUGGUGGACUUUUUAACUACUUCGAAUCGAAUACGAUCCGAAUUCGAUCCGAACGUUCUAAUACAGCCUAUUCACUCGAAAAAAAAUUAAAACAUUUUUAAACAUUUCAUACAAUAAUUUUUUUUAUUCGAAUUUCGAGUUGAUAAAAAACUCCCAUCGCCUCGAAAUUCGACCCUUGAUAAAUCUGCCCCAUGACGUACAAUUUUUUUCAACACGGUUAUAUUUCAUUUAAAUACAUGUGUUUGUUUUCACUGGGCAGAGACUUUUGCAAAGAGGUUUGUGUAAUGCAAGACUCUGCUGAUCUCAAGAUUGAGCAGCCCUCGGUUUAGACAACUAAUAAGCUGGAUAUAAAGAGAUGGUAGAAAUCACACUGCGGUAAAUCAAAAACAGGACUUUUCCUACACAUGUGGUUGCCACCUGGCCAGUAUUUCAUCAGCCAAGCCAGUAAAAUACCAGCCAAGGCCAGGGCCGGUAUUACAAAAUUACAGGCCAUGUAGUGGCUGGUACCUUUGUAAUCACUAGUCAAUCCUAACCCUCAACUGGCCCCUUUCUUCCCUUUCUAGCGACAAUACUUUUCACUACAAUUCCAGUCUUCAUGACUUGGCCCCGUCCCUUCGUUCUCCUUUGACAUCACUGGUCUGCCCAUUUAUGUCACGAUCCUCCCCCGUCAUGUCCCCAUCCUGCCGAUAAAGAUUUGCUAAAAAUGUGGCAACACAGAAACUUUGUUGUCAUUGGUCCUUUAACAGGGAUAUCCACCUUUUGAAAACAAGUCCCCUAUUCCAAAAAUAAGUAUUUUGCCAGUAGGGGCUUUUUAACAAAACUUGCUUGUGAAGGCUCUCAGCAAAGCAAGAGGCACUUCCUCCUCGCUUAUUAGCUAUUAGCAUAGAAUUCAUUUAAUUGGCUAGUAAUAGGAUU